AUGUCCAGCUUCACCCCAGAGCUGCACAGCUCGACGCCCCCGGCACCGCCCCCCAAAGGCGGCAGCCACGACGUCAGCAGCAUCAGCACUCCCACCACGAGCUCGUCACCACCUCCCGCGCCCUUCCUACCUCGACCGCUCCCGAACGACGGCCAAAUCGUCUCUGCGACCUCAACGCCUCCCCCAUUGACAGUCUCCGAGCCGAUCCCCGACCCGGGCGACGGCUGGCUCCCCGAAAUACUAAGAGACAAGUCAACGCAAGACCUGGCAGAUAUCCUCGCCAACCCCGUGCUGCUCAACGCCCUAGCCCACGCGCCCACCUCAUCACGCGACAGCACCAAGACGUCGCACGCGAACCUCUCGGCGGCGCUGGACCAAAACACCCAGCUGGCGAAGCAGCUGCGCAGCGCCGAGGCGCGGCUCGCGCACCAGCGCUCCACGACGCAGGCGCAGCUGCUGGCGACGCACGCCCUCGAGCGGCAGUGGCGCCAGAAGCAGUCCGACAUGGACCACGCGCUGGCCCCGUUCUCCCCGGCCUCGCUGUACCAGCAGCUGGCGCAGGGGGUGCAGGAGCAGGCGCUCGUGUGCCAGGCCAUGGAGGAGAGCUUCCUCGAGGGCGGCGGCGCGGGCGUCGACGGCGUGCCCGCGUCGGAGAGGGAGCUGACGGAGUGGAUCCGGCGGUACAGGGAGGCAAAGGUGCUGUGUUAUUUGAGGCAGGAGAGGAAGGAGAGGUGGGAUGAGGGGAGGGUGGGCGGAUGGCGGUGA